AUGGAGGAGAACAGGUGGUUUUUGUCUAUCAUUCAGGAUGAGUUCAGGGAUGGGAAGAUUGAUUUAGAGAGCACAAUGAAGCUGCUUACAAAAAUGCAAAUACCUUUUGAUUUCACACACGUAAAACAUGUUUUCAAGAAAACGAUCGACAAACGGAAAGAACAGAGAAUUACCAUUGAAGACUUCAGGGCAAUUUAUCAGACCAUUGUACAUAGAUUUGAAUUUUAUGAACUUUUUUGUGCCUACUCUCCAAAUGGCAGUAUUCUCUCUGACACUGACCUCACUAAAUUCCUCAGAAGAGAACAACAUGAAGCUAAAGAUUGUGAAACAAUUGCCUUAGAAAUGAUUUUUAAGUAUGAGCCCAUUGAAGGAGUCAGGAAAAGAAGACAGAUGUCGUUUGAAGGAUUUAUAAGGUACAUGAGCUCAGAAGACUGUUCGAUAUUUAAAAAGGAUCAGAGGACUGUCUACCAAGAUAUGAACCACCCAUUAUGUGACUAUUUUAUUUCAACUUCUCACAACACCUACUUGACAUCUGACCAAAUAUUAGGACCCAGUGAUUUAUGGGGAUAUACCAGUGCUCUCUUAAAAGGAUGCCGUUGCCUGGAAAUUGACUGCUGGGACGGCUCAAACAAUGAACCUGUUGUGUAUCAUGGUCAUACUCUCACUGGCAAAAUUCUGUUUCGUUCUGUAAUUCAAGUGGUAGACAAGUAUGCAUUUGCGGUAUCUGACUAUCCAGUUGUACUGUCUUUGGAGAACCACUGUAGCCCAAAACAACAGGAAAUAAUGGCAGAGCAUUUAGAAUUUAUUCUCGGUGACAGACUUCUUACUUCAACAAUUGGUGAUUCACUGGUGACUGAAUUACCUUCUCCUGAGGCAUUAAAAUUCAAAAUUCUGGUGAAAAAUAAAAAAGCUGGAACAAUUGAGGAAGGUAUGCUGAGGAGACAUAUGGACUGUCAUGGUGAGACAGGGGAAGUUUCUGAAUUUGAAAAUUUGUCUGAUGAUGAGAAGAGUGGUGAAAAAGUUCUUUACCAGAGUGCUGAUACCUUAAAAAGAAAAGGUGCCUCUAGAUCUUCAAGUCCACCUCGAAAAAAGGCAAAGAUGAAGAAGAAUAAAAUUGCCAUUACAUUGUCCGACCUUGUGAUUUAUACCCAAUCGGUGAAGUUUGUGAGCUUUGAGCAUUCCCUAGAUAAUCAGAAGUGCUAUGAAAAUAACUCAAUUGGGGAGUCUCGAGCACGAAGAUUUUUAAAAUCCUCAGCUAAAGAGUUUGUUUCACAUACUUCAAGAUUCAUUACAAGAAUAUACCCCAAAGGAUCAAGAACACGUUCUUCCAAUUAUAACCCUCAAGAAUUCUGGAAUGUGGGGUGUCAGAUGGUGGCCUUAAACUUCCAGACACAAGGACUACAUAUGGAAUUGUACAAAGGAAAAUUCCUAGACAACGGUGGUUGUGGCUAUAUUUUGAAACCAGAAUUCUUGAGAAAUCAGAAUUCAACAUUUACCCCACGUGAUGUGGGAAGAUACAGUCAGCCAAUGUCUCUGUCAAUAAAGCUCAUCAGUGGUCAUCAGUUACCACCCAGUAACCUGUCGAAGACUAACAAAGCUGACCCUUUAGUGCUGAUAGAAAUUUACGGCGUGCCAGAAGAUCAAGCGAAAAAAAAAUCUAGUGUUAGAAAAAGCAAUGCUUUGAGCCCUCGAUGGAAUGAAACUUUCUCUUUUACCAUCCAAGUUCCAGAGCUGGCAUUGGUACGCUUCUGUGUCGAGGACGAGAUAUCUGUGGUUGCAAAUGACUUCCUUGGGCAAUACACUUUACCACUGCUUAGCCUGAGUAGAGGUUACCGUAACAUUCCCCUGUUGGACAAAGACGGUUGCAGUCUCGGACCUGCAUCACUCUUUGUUCAUGUCUGGUACUACUAA